CCAGGAGAGAGGUAGAUUGUAGCAAUGGCAAGAACCAAGCAGACAGCGCGUAAAUCCACCGGUGGUAAAGCCCCGAGGAAGCAGCUCGCGACUAAAGCCGCCCGUAAGAGCGCUCCGGCCACCGGCGGCGUCAAGAAGCCCCAUCGUUACAGGCCCGGGACCGUGGCUCUCCGAGAGAUCCGCCGUUAUCAGAAGUCCACCGAGCUGCUGAUCCGCAAACUGCCCUUCCAGCGGCUGGUGAGAGAAAUCGCUCAGGACUUUAAGACGGAUCUGCGCUUCCAGAGUUCCGCUGUCAUGGCCCUGCAGGAGGCCAGCGAGGCUUAUUUGGUCGGUCUGUUUGAGGACACCAACCUGUGCGCCAUCCACGCCAAGAGGGUCACCAUCAUGCCCAAGGACAUUCAGCUGGCCCGCCGCAUCCGCGGAGAGCGCGCCUAAACCCGCAUCAGCCACAUCAAACCCCUAAAGGCUCUUUUAAGAGCCACCAAAAUUACACUGAACGAGGGAAUUUCCAGUUUAACGCUUAAUAUGAGUCGAAAUUUGUGUUAACAUUAGCUGGGUCCUUCUCUACAUCAUAAAUUACCAGUACUGUAGAGUAUAAAUAAUUUAAAAAAAAUGCAUUUAAACAAAUUAUUACUGUUUUAAUGUAUUGGAGGAAUAUAGAGAAUUAUUUAAAUGAACAGCAUUUCUACAAACAGUAAAUAAUAGUGUACAGUUACACUUCUCAGUUUUUCACAAUUGCAAAGACAUUUCUUGAAACCUUCACCCAUUUUCUCA